AUGAAGGAGGAAGUUCACGCAGCCCUGCAAGAAGCGGCGGGAAAAGCAUACAAAAUUCUGCUCGCUGCCGUCAAGUCUCUUCGCAAUGCCUAUGGGGGGACUCAAACUGCAUUGGUGACACUGCCGUCGUCGACGGUGAAGAUCAUUCUGAGCGACCGCGGUAAGAUCAUGAUUGGCUGGGUAAACUGCGGAAUUAGAGUAGUGAAGAAACCAACCAAAUAUUUCAAGUUCUGGCAUUAUGGACGUUUCACCACCCAGUGCAAGAGUGAAGUGGACCGGUUCAGUCUCUGCAUUAAGUGCGGAGAAGGUAGCUAUGAGGCCGUCGAAAAAGGCAGCGUAAAGAAUUGUGCUCACGUCGCUGGUAGCAGUAGAUGCUCAGCAUACAAGGAGGCGCUCCAGAAGCUCACUAACAAACGACGAUGA